AUGACUCAUACCAGAACCGACAUUACGGCGUGGCAGUGGCGCCUGGCCAGCACAAACGACCAUGGCGAGGCCGUUUCCGUCUUGGACAAGACACCGUUCCUCUCGCAGUGGGCGGACGUGGCGUCGUUUCCGUCGAUCGUGCAGAUGGAGUUGCAGGCAACCGGCGUGAUCCACGACGUCAACAUUGGCGAGAACGAGCGCCUGACGCAGUGGGCGGGCCACGCCGACUGGGAGUACCAGGCCGUGUUCACUGCGUCGCCAGAAGCAGGGGACGAGGUGGACCUCGUGUUUGAGGGCCUCGACACGUUUGCCACGGUGACCCUCAACGGCACCGUCAUCCUCUCGAGCGACAACAUGUUUCUGCCGCAGCGUGUGUCUGUGAAGGAUGUGAUCCACAAGGGGGGCAAAACCAAUACAGUACACAUCCUCUUUGAAAGCCCCUACAAAAGAGGCGCCGCGCUCGAGGACCAGUACGGCGUGCGCCCGGCCCUCUUCCGCGACGCGCGCCGCAACCACAUCCGCAAGGCGCAGUACCACUGGGGCUGGGACUGGGGCCCGAUCGUGGUGACGGCGGGCCCGUACUUGCCUGUGUAUCUGGACACCUACAAACACCGCAUUGACAGCGUCUAUGUGCGCACGACCAGCCUGUUUGCGGACCACACGUCAGCCACGGUGGCCGUCACGGUCUCUGUCGUGGGUGACGGCAGCGAGGAGACCGCCAAUGUCCGUGUCGUCGACCCGGCUGGCAAGGAAUUGGCCCAGUCGACCGUCACCUUCUCCAGCAACCUGCAGUCGGCCACGGCCACGUUCGACCUCAAAGACCCGCAGCUGUGGUGGCCCAACGGCCAAGGCGAGCAGCACCUGCACGUGUUGGAGGUGACGCUUGGUGGCAAUGGCAGCCAGGACACCCACACAACCCGCUUCGGCGUCCGCACCAUCACGGUCCAGCAGGAACCGCUGGCCGACGGCGAGCCCGGCUCGACGUUUAUGGUCCGCGUCAACGACCGGGACAUUUUCGCCCAGGGCGGCAACUGGAUCCCCGCCGACACACUGCUGCCGACCAUCACGCGCCAGCGCUACUUUGACUGGGUGCAGAACGCCCGCGACGCGCACAUGAACAUGCUGCGCGUCUGGGGCGGCGGCAUCUACGAGUCCGACGACUUCUUCGAUGCCUGCGACGAGCUGGGCCUGCUGGUGUGGCACGACUACGGCUUUGCGUGCACGAACCUGCCGGUCCACGGGUCGUUCCUCAAGAGUUUCACAAAAGAAGCCGAAGCCCAGACGAUGCGCCUCCGCAGCCGCGCGUCGCUCGCCAUUCUCUGCGGCGGCAACGAAGACUUUAUGCUGCUCGACUGGGAAAAGGUCGCGUACGACCACAGCGACGUCCGCGGGCCCUAUCCGGCGGGCGGCGCCUUUCCGCAGCGCACCAUCUACCUCGACAUUCUGCCCAAGCUGGCCGCUCGUCUGUGCCCCGAGACGUUUUACUGGGCCAACUCGCCGUGGAGCCCGGGCGGCCUCGACGCCAACGACCUGACGAGAGGCGACGUUCAUCAGUGGGAUGUCUGGCACGGCAACCAGAAGCCGUAUCAGGAGUACAAGCAGCUGGCCGGCCGCUUCGUCUCCGAGUUUGGCAUGCACGGCUUCCCCGUCCAGCGCACAAUUGACUACUUUGCGCCGCGCACGGGCCAAAAGGGCGAGGGCCGCCACGCGCAGUCGCGCCUUAUCGACUGCCACAACAAGGGCCACGGCGCGCACACGCGCAUCGCGCGCUACCUGGCCGAGAACGUCCGGUACGACACGUCCACGCUCGCGAACUUUGCCUACGCGUCGCAGCUCAUGCAGGCCGAGGCGUACCAGUAUGCGCUGCGGGACUGGAAGCGGAUGUUUGGCGGGCGGUCCCCGUCGGGGGUCAGCAAGGCACGCUGUGCCGGCUCCAUCAUCUGGCAGCUCAACGACGACUACCCCUGCACCUCGUGGUCGCUCGUCGACUACUUUGUGCGCCCCAAGCCCGCGUGGUACAUGGUCCGCCGCCUCUAUGCGCCCAUCUCGGUCGCGUCGGAGCGCACGCCCGGUUCGCGUUUCGUGGACGAGGACAACCCUCUCGCGGCGUCCGCGCCGCCCUCGUUUGCCCUCUUUGCGCACAACACGGCCGCCUCCGCCGCCGAGUUGACGCUCUCCCUCCAGGCGUACGACUUUUGGGCAGACGCGUGGUCACAGCUCCCCGCGGCCGACGCCGACCGCAAGGUCACUCUCCUUCCCGGCCAGAACAACGAACUCGGCACCCUCGCUGCCCAGCCGUCGUGGAACAAGGACAGUCUGAUCAUUUUGGAGCUGUCGCUCAAGGACGCCAAAGGCAAUGUCGUCGCCCGCUAUGUCGACUGGCCCGAGCCGUACCGCUACCUCGAGUGGCCCAACGACACCAAGUUGGACGUCAAGGUGGCGCAUGUCAAGGAUGCCAAGGAUGGCAAGAAUAAAGGCCAAGUCGACGCCCACGUCACUGUCGUCGCCAACCAGCCUCUCAAGGGCGUCUGGCUUGAGCCUGUCUAUGAUGGCAAGGAGGCCCACGACUCCUUUGAACCGCGCUGGGAGGACAACAUGUUCGACCUGAUGCCGGGACAGGCAAUCACAGUUGGAGUGUCAGGCUUGAAUGGGAGGGAGGUCAAGGCGCGUUUCCUCGCAGACUGGGAGGUGGGAAAAUAG